AAAAAGUGACACGUAGUUUUCUACUUGCCAAUCUAUUUUGUUAUGUCAUUAAAUUGUUAUACAUAUUACAGACAUAUUAUAGUUUAGUUAUGAAAAAAACUGAGGAGGAUAGAGGUAUUGUGUAUAGUAACCGCGUGCGUGUUGGUAAUUGGUACGAAGCCACCAAACUAGAAGAGAAAUUAUUGCCAGAGGACCUUACACAAUAAAAGUCUGUUUGGGUUUCAAUCAGAAGAUAUGAUUGAUAUGCGGCUAUCUUGAGCCACUAUUUAGAGGACCUUCUAUCACUUCCACUACUACAGUAGUACAAGCUUAAUAUAUUUCUCGAACAAAUGAAAAAAGGCGACCUCAUGCUAGCACGGUUUCGUAAAAUGACGGAGAAUCUUAACAAGCCGACUGUGUUGACACAAUCGUCUGGAAGCAUUGCUUUCGGGGCUAGGAUAUCAUUACUCGCUCCCCACGUACCCGCGUCAGACCCACCAGUGGAAGGGAAAAACGGACUGCUUCUUGGUGGUAGAAUCUCAUCCAACGACAUCAUUCGCUCUCAGGUGUUAAUUGAUGGUUGCUCUCUUGUUGGAAUGCCAGAUCUGAAGCCGGUUGAAAGUAGUACCUUUGUAAUUACUAGUGCAGAUUACUGUAAUAGAGAAGGCGAACCUUUGAAAUACAAUCAAGAAUUUUUAUUGGCAUUAUCUUCGUCUCUCGAUAAAAAGCCUCUAUAUAUACGGUAUGAUCCAAAUCCGAUACCGGGCCUUUGUAGUUUGUUUCCCUUGUACCUGAGUGAACAUUUUGUGUCGAACACACGUUGGCGAGUGUUGCCGAUACAGAGUCCAACAAUCACCCGAUUUGAACUGGAAGGGAAACCAAUCACAGUGAACGAGGAUGUAGUAGUAAAUCAUUGUGCGACAAAUGUCAACCUUGGUAUUAAUGUAGGUUGCUGGGCGAUGGGAUUUUAUGGAAAGAUCUGUGCACCUAUCAUGAAGACAUGCCUUGAUGUGUAUGGUCGAGAGCUUCCAAAUAAUGUAUGGCAAAUUUAUACGCCCAUAGCUAAUUAGGAACAUUCAUUGACUGUAGUUUAGAAGAUAAAAAAAUUCUAGAUUUCAUUAAAAUCUAUUUUUAUUUUUUUUGUUUCACGUCGUAUUAUUUUAUGUACCUAUAUUUUACUUUUAUGAAUAAAUCAUUAUUAUAUUUUUUUAAGAAACA